AUGUGUCUCUUUGGCAAUUACUAUGGAGGCCUGGGCUAUGGCUAUGGUGGCCUGGGCUGUGGCUAUGGCUGUGGUUCUGGCUAUGGCUAUGGUGGCUAUGGUGGCUACCGUGGCUAUGGUGGCUAUGCCUGCUAUCGUCCAUGUUGCUAUGGAAGAUACUGGUCUUCUGGCUUCUACUGA